AUGAGAGAGCAGCGGAGAGUCAUCGCGGAUGCACCUCUGUACAAGCAGCGCUGCAGGUACACUGGGGAGCUCCACGACGUCGACCUCCACGGCAACCACAAUCUCCAUGUCGUUUGCACAAGCAAGGGUCAAGACAUGGACAAGAUGCUGUCCACGCUCAGGAGGAAUCUCGGCGGAAUGCCCGUCAAACUAGUCGGCAUUGAUGUCGAGUACACGCACUACGUGAAGCCACAGCGGGCAGCAGUGCUCCAGCUAUGCGUAGAAAAAGAAUGCCUUGUCUUCCACAUCUCUGCAGCUAAACACAGGCCAAUGGAUCUAGACAAAUUCCUCAUGAAUGCUGAGUACACCUUCGUCGGAUUCGCCAUUGAAGGAGACAAAAGCAAGUUGAAGCUAUCAGGCUUGGAGAUCAACUUCGACAACUGCAUUGAUAUUCAGGUGGAAUGGAGAGACCCAUACAAUAAAAAGGAGUUUGACUCUUUGGCUGAUGUUGUCGGUAGGAUGAUAGACAUUCACUACCAUACUCUAUGGGGAUUUUUCCCGCUGCCAGACAAGCUGAUCAAUUAUGCAGCAAUAGAUGCAUUCGCAAUAUAUGAGUCAUGGAGAAUCAUCUACGAUGUCAUAAUGGGUCUAGACAGGGCAAAAAGAGAAAAAGAAGCAAAGAAGAAGAAGAAGAACAAGGCUGUAAUCCAAUACAGCAACUAG